UUUAGGUAUUAUCAAAUUUCCCCAAAAUAUUUCAAGUGGUACUUAUCUAUUGAAUUAUAAUUAAAUUCAGGGUUUAUUAAUUCGCUAUCUCAAGUGGUAGAUAACUCCCGUAAAAUUAACUUUUGUCCUGCCAGUAUAAAAGGGCAUAAGACCUGGUUAAACUUAAUUCAGUUUUAAUCCGGACAGUUCAUCAGUCUGAUCUAAAAAUGAACGGAUUUUUUAUACUGUGCAGCUUUUUAGUACUGGCUCUUUGUAAACCAGCCGUGAGCUUCCCGCGUCCUUUGGCUUCCAGUCGUUGCGUUAACAUGUGGGAUGAAGGAUGUGCCAAUGGCCAACUACCGGGAUCAGGGGAUGAUGACGACUACUUAAACGGAGGUUUCAACCCCGGUAAGCGAUGUAUCAACAUGUGGGAUGAAGGCUGUGUUAAUGGACAACUAAAUGGAGCUGGUGGCGAUGACGAUUAUCUUAACGGCGGCUUUAAUCCUGGAAAAAGAUCCCUGGAAGCAUUCAUCGCAAAAUUAAUGAAAGCACGUCAUUAUUAAUUCUUUUCGUCAUUUUUGGAAUAACUACGGUUUUCCACUACAAAAUAUCAUAUUAUACUUUUUG